CACAUGUCAUACAUAUUGUAUACUAUGUAACUACUGUCGAUCGGUCUCUGUCUAUUGAAUAGGAAACUGAUCAACUCGGAGUUUGACAAAGAGCAUGAAUUGUUGACUUUACAGCAAAUAUACGUAUGUGGGUCGAUGAUGAUGAUGAUGAAGAAGAUGGCAUGUAAAUCAUGAGCUUUUGUUAAUUUUAAUUUUAAUUUUUUUUUUUUGGUGGUCCUGCUAAACAGGAGACUCUCCUUUCUUUGGGUAUUCUUUAAUGGUUUUUGGGGCGUUAAAUAGUAGGAGAUUCUUGAGACACGCACCGGCAUAACUUGAGGCAAUAGUAGAAUCCCACGACUAUAGAGAGCGGUGCCAAAACUUGCAGAAACAGCAUAUUUCCUUUACCACAAGGCAGUUCUUCAUUCCAGCAAAUCUUUGCUUCAUGAUCUCUUGCUUCUUUUAACACAGCGAGACAUAUAUAUAUAUACAUAUAUCCAUGGUACUAGUGGAGAUGCUCAACAAAGUGAGAUUUACAAGAAUUUCAACAAAGUAAUUUCAAAAAACAAUUUUUGUUGACGAUGUUUCUGGGACUCGGACAGAUUGGGCUUUUGGAUACAGGCAAAAGGAUCAAGUUCUUCUUCUUCCUUCAUCUCUACGUGUAUCGGGUCGUGAAUCUUUGCAAAGGCUCUGUCAGAAUAUCAUAUGGAAAUCGAAAGGAAGCUCAUGAACAUGGAAUACGGCACCGCCUCCUUUACAGCGCCCAACUCCGCCACGUACGGAAACUUCAGUCCUACUGAUCACACGGCCGCCAUGGAAAUGGAUUUCAUGGACGAACUUUUGCUCGAAGGCUGCUGGUUGGAGACCACCCGUGCUCUCAAUGACCCUUCACCUUAUUACUUGCCUACUUUGGAUUCUAACAUCAACCAUCAUCAGCAAAUCUAUCAAGAAGAUCAGACGGUAGGAGUGUUUCCCGAAUCUGAAACUAUUAUAGUAGAAGGCACUGAACUCGGGAGAAGAUGGUGGAUUGGGCCGAGGGCAAAUCCCGGCCCUAGCUCCUCAGUGAAAGAGAGACUAAUGCUGGCCGUUGGAUACUUGAGAGAAUGUACAAAGAACAUGAAUGUGCUUCUUCAGCUAUGGGUGCCUGUAAGGAGAGGAGGCAGCAGAUAUUUCCUCACCUCUCAAGACCAACCGUACUACCGGAAUGUUUGUCGAGCUUAUCAGUUCGCGGUUGAGGAGGACAUGGAGGAAUCCGGCGGGUUGCCGGGUCGGGUUUUCAUGGGGAAGUUGCCUGAUCAGUGGACUCCUCCCGAUGUUCGAUUCUUCAAAAGAGACGAAUACCCACGUAUUAACUAUGCACAGCAGUACGAUGUUCGCGGCUCUCUAGCCCUUCCUGUUUUCGAACGGGGCAGUGGAACUUGCUUGGGUGUUGUUGAGAUUGUUACAACCACUCAAAAGAUAAAUUAUCGCCCAGAACUUGAACAUGUCUGCCAAGCUCUUGAGGCCGUGGAUCUUAGGAGUUCUCAAUACUUCAGCCCUCCCGGUAUAAAGGCUUGUCAUGACGAGUUGUACCCAGCAGCACUGGCUGAGAUAAUAGAGGUUUUAGCAACAGUUUGCAAGACACACCGAUUGCCUUUAGCUCUAACGUGGGCGCCGUGUUACCAACAAGGCAAAGGUGGAUGCCGACAAUAUUCUGAUGAGAAUUAUGCUCAGUGUCUUUCAAUUGUCGACACUGCUUGCUUUGUGGCCGACGUAGAUGUUUUAGGCUUCCAUGAGGCGUGCUCCGAGCACCACCUGUUUCGCGGCCAAGGGACUGUCGGGACUGCCUUCACCACAGCCAAACCAUGCUUUGCAAGUGACAUAACUGCCUUUAGCAAGACAGAAUAUCCCCUCUCUCACCAUGCUAGGAUGUUUGGAUUGCGUGCUGCUGUGGCAAUUCCCCUUCGAAGCAUCUACACUGGCUCGGCUGAUUUUGUAUUGGAGUUUUUUUUGCCAAAGGAUUGCCAAGACACCGAAGAACAAAAGCAGAUGCUCAACUCAUUAUCCAUUGUAUUACAGCAGGCUUGCCGGAGUUUACAUGCUGUUAUUGACAAAGAAUUACCUGAUGAGGACGAAAUCAUAUACCCGGUUAAGGAAGUGGCAAUUGAAGAAUGUCAUAAAUCAGGAUCUUCUACUCUGAAAGAAGGCUCUCCGAAAGAUCAGUCAUCUUGGAUUGCUCAUAUGAUGGAGGCUCAACAGAAAGGCAAAGGCGUCUCAAUCUCAUUGGAGUAUCAAGAAGAAGAACAAAAUGAAGAAUUCAAGGUGACAACCCACUGGGAUAAUAUUAACACUCAGGGAGGAUCAUGCAAUGGGCAGGCGUUUUCAGAUUUUGGGCAAGUUCAGCAAAGUUCUGGAUCCAAAGGUAGUGUUGAGGGUGGUGGAGAUUCUUAUUCUUAUGGCAGCCGUCGCUCAUCAGGUGGUCGAAAAUCAGGCGAGAAGAGGAGGACCAAGACAGAGAAGACUAUCAGCUUGCCAGUUCUCCGGCAAUACUUUGCAGGGAGCCUGAAAGAUGCUGCUAAAAGUAUUGGCGUGUGCCCGACAACUCUGAAAAGGAUAUGCAGGCAACAUGGGAUUACAAGAUGGCCUUCUAGAAAGAUCAAGAAGGUGGGCCACUCUCUGAGGAAACUCCAACUUGUAAUCGACUCAGUCCAAGGAGCUGAGGGUGCUAUUCAGAUUGGUUCUUUCUAUUCUAACUUCCCUGAAUUGAGCUCCCCUGCAACUAGCUCUUUCUCAUCAUUGAAAAUGAGUGAAAACUCAAAGCAAUCAAACCCUAUACCGGAAAGUUCUGGAUUAUUUACUCCAUCGAAAUCCCCACCUUCUUCAUGCAGUCAGACUUCUGGUCCAAGCAUCUUUUGCGCCACUGCAGCAAAUCAUCAUCAUACCACCACCAUCAAUGCUUUGAGCAGUGGCGAUACUUUAAUGAGAGAAAACCCUAUUGGGAUUCUGCAGAUGGCAUGCAGUGAAGCAGAUUUACAUGCCUUGAAUCAACAGGAAGCAAACCUUCUCCAGAAUGCCAUGAUCACUUGCGGUCUAGACACUACUCUACCUGUCUUACCAGAAAGCAGCAGCCAUAAUUCACGAGAUGGUGGUGCUUUUAGAGUAAAAGCUACCUUUGGGGAUGAAAAAAUCCGGUUCAGCUUGCAUCCCAACUGGACUUUUGGAGAUUUGCAGAUGGAGAUUCGAAGGAGAUUCAAUUUAGAUGAUAUCAGUAGAGUAGACCUCAAGUAUUUGGACGAUGAUCGUGAGUGGGUUCUUUUGACAUGUGAUGCUGACUUUCAGGAGUGCAUAGACAUAUAUAGAGCAUCUCAAAGCCACACAAUCAGGCUCUCCCUUCAACAUGCUUCUAAUCCGAAUCUCGGAAGUCCUUUUGGUAGCAGUGGGCUGUCGUGAUAUUUAGCUUCAUGUUUUUUAGACUCAGAAGUAUAUAAGCGGUUAUUUUAUUUUAUGGAUUCUGCUGCUUUAAGUUGUUAGAGCAGCAGCUGGAGACAAUGUUGAUGAUUACCAAACAUUAUUUAUCACUUCACUUCUAUGUUUAGCUUUUAAGCCAUUGGAUCUAAUUCUUAAGAUCCAUGGUUAUUCUACGGCCAAUAAAUGAAUUUUAAUUAUGAGAUUACUAGAAA